GUGCGGCGCCGCGCUGUGACGUCAUCACCCUGAGCCGCGAGGAAAGAGGCGGCCGUGCGGAAGUGGUGCGGGGCCGCGCGCUGCUCCAACGCCGCAGGGCAGCUCCGGGCUCCGCUUCAGCUUCUACAGGUUCUUCGGGUCUCCUGCCUGCUUUUCACUUUUUUUAUUAAUGGAGAGUGGAGUUUCUACCACAGAGCAAAGUUUCAGGAUUAACAGAAACAAACACGGAACUUUCCAAAUGGACAGAGUCGUUUCUUGAAUUGUCACUCCUCUGAGUAAAUCAACCUUUCGAGUCUGGAGCCAUCAAACAUUGAAGUCUGAUGUCCUCCUGGGAAGUGCUGCCCUGGAUAUUCAUGAGACUUUGAAAUGAAACCGUAUGAAGUCUGAUCAGGUAGUGGUAACACUGCAUCUUCGUGGUGGCAGAGAGCCAGCAGAAGUGGUGAAUUUGUCUGUCAGUGCAGAUGGAUGCAGGUAGAUGCUGAGCUCCUGACCAGUGGUGAUGCCUCAAGUACAGGAAGAACACUUUCUGGAGAGCAGCCAAAUUUGGACCUGCUCCAAUGCUUUUCUGCUACAGUGUGCACAGAGAAAGGGAAUGGAGCAGGUCAGAGAGAGCGGUUCUCAAGCAAACAGCUGCAGGGAUUUGCUACCAGCCGGGGAGAGGAUUUCAGAGGAACUUGUUGUCCUGCCUGCUCUGCCUGCCCUCAGAACAGGGUCGAGGAUACGAAAAGUGAGCUCCACUGGGAAAAUGACUGCUUGGUGCUGCUGAGAGACAGAAGAGCCACUGAACGGCGUGCCUUGGCAGUGUUUGUGCAGUUGGAUAAGGUCUGGCGUCAGAGGAAGCGUGAAUGGUUGUGCAUCCACAUCCACAGAGAACGAUGGGGCCAGUGCAGUUCACUGGCAGCUGCAAAACAUCUUCAGAACCGAGCCCUGAGGGGGCAGCAGCACAACAACAGCUCCUGCAGCUGCUGUGCUCAGCACAUCCAGCACCAAGACAAGAGCAGCCAGCAAGUCCUCCAACUGUGGCAUAGCUAUGAACAUGGAGGAGCAGAGCGUGAGUGGCUGAGAAAUGGAGCUGGGACUCAGGGGAGCCAUAGGUGCUGUGUCACAACCUUCCUGAGCAGCCCUUGCAAGCUCCUGCUCCCCUCGCCUGCAAGUGGAGCAAUGCUCAAGCUUGAGGAGUCUUUUUCUUGGCUGGUGGAAAAGAUGGCGCAGCUGCAGGUUUUGUGUCCUUCGUUGUUAUUGGAAAGCAGCCUCCUUGAAAGCAGGGGAGCAGCAGGCUGCCUGCUGUGUGGCUGCUGUGGGCAUUUCUCCCAGCUGAGAUCCCUGAGCCCACGCUGGCAGAGAAUGUGCUGUGCCACCAUCUCUUCUGUGGAGCCACUUUGCAGCUUCUCUGCGUUAGCUGCAGUCGUGCCAGUUUCCAGGUGCCAUAAGCCAGAAAGCAGAGCAGAGGGAGUGUCUGUGGUGAGAUGCUCAGGUGAAAUUGCCUUCCCUGCACCAGCAGCCUGUUUGUGUCCAUGUGAUGCACGUGACCACGGCCAGCCCAUGAAGCUCCAGUCAUCAAGACCCCGUAUGUCAUGUCCAACGCCAUCUGUCUGCGCUGCCCUUGAUAGCUGAGGCUACCUCAUGUCCUCUCAAACUGCCAGGCAUGCAAGCUUCCACCUCCUCCACCAGCUCUCCCACUGGCUCUGACACCUUUGCCACCUCCCAUGUCGUGUGGUGGAAAUGCAUGGUGCUGGGGCAGGCCCAAACUCCCACCCUGACAGCAGGCACGUUUCCAAAAACUCUGCUCACUUCCUCAUCCUGCUGGCUCGUGAGAAGAUCCUGUUGUCAGCUCUGCCAACCAGCACAGCAGAGGUGGGAUAGUUACGGGCAGCCUGGAAAACAGCAGGGGAAUAACCAUUUCCCCCUUUGGCUGUUAUCUGUUGAGAAAUGCUGUCUGGUGAGCAUUGAGUCAGGGCCUGAACCACUGAUGGAGCAUCUGGGGAACGGACCCAGUCAGCCCUGGGAGCACAGGUGAGGGCAGUUCAGUUGUAUGAUGGAAUGAGGGGGGCCUGGCUGCACCUCUCUUAGACCUCAUUGAAGGGCUGACUCUGCAUGGGCAAGGAUCUCUGGUUGGAGAUCCCUCCCUUGUGGAGUUUUCCUUGUGAGCCUGGAUCUUCAGAGACAGGUGAGCACUUUCCUUUGUCUUUGUAACACCAUCUGUUGUGCUAGUCCCUUUGUGGUUACACCUCCUUCCACUGCACUGAUCAUUCUGGUUGUUACAGACGUCCUCUGCCCCUUCCCACCUGUAAAGCAAACAAGGUGAUGACAGAGCCUUUAUUUGAGAUAUAGGAGCUAUAGAGCAGGAUAUCAAAGAAAGAGGAAUCGACUCAUCCCUCCCAGCAACAGUUUGGAAGAAAGUGGUGAGCUGAGGAAUGCAGCCUUCUGCGUUUGAACUGCGGUGUGCUGAAAGGUGAAAGGGGGCUGAGAGGUGGGGGGGGAGACCUGUGCAGGCUGACUGUGUGUGUGCUGCUGGGAGCACUGCUGAGAUGCAGAGAGAGGAAGGCUCCCCGCUCGAGGUACUCGUGUGCUCACGCAGUGGUUCAGGCUGUGACCUGGCAAUUCCACUGCACCACCUGUCCUGCACUGUCCAUGUGCCACCUGCAGGUGUUCCCAGCUGUUGGGAGACUCGCUGUGACCUCCCUGUCUCACCAGUGCCUUGUGCACUGGACUUCACAGCAUCUUGAUGGCGAGUAGUGGUCCUCUGGAGAUGCUGAGCAACAGUUGUGAGCUGCGCCCUUUUCCUGGACCGGUAUCCCAAGCCCUUCUCAGCCCAGAGCCUGUCUCUCUCAUCUGGUGUUCUAUGGAGAAGUCAGCAAGAUGGGACUUUGCCAGCCAGCUGGUUUCAGCUUCACCACCCAAAUGACAGCAGGGCAGUCCUGCAGCUCAUGGCAGCCCUACGGCUCUGCUCCUUUGCCAGGCUGGAGAGCUGAAUCAGCUCCGAUUCUGCAGAUCCUUCCCUGAGUCCUGCUGCUAAGCACCGAUACUUGUGCAUCCUCUGGGCCACAUCAGGACUAGAAAGAGGAGUAGACAUCAGGCGGAAGGAUCUGGCCUUCUGCUGGUGAUAGCCACCUGCAUGGCCUGUUCCUGCUUUCUCUUUUCCCCAGGAGGCAUGUGGGAAAAUUUGUAAGUUUUCCCCAAGCAGUGCAUGGACCUUUCUGAUGGGAGUGAGCAGCAAGGAGCCGACUGGGUCUCAGCUUCCUUCCUGCCCUGCACUUGACUGAGGGACCCUGCAGCCAGCUCAGAGGUAAGAGGGGGCCAUGGGCCCAGCUUUGCCAGCUUUCACUGCGAAAGGGAGCAGUUCAGGGAAAGACACAGCCUGGGUGAGCCUGAGCUUGACUCUAGCAUCUGAGGGAGCCGUGGACAUCAGCUGUGGACACGACUCAUAACAGUGUUGGUCAGCUGUGGAUGCUCAGUGUUCUUAAGCAGCCCAGCUGUAUCUCACAGGCUGUAGUCACAAUUUCUCUGCGAGGCUGAGAUACUCUGAGGAUCAUGGCGUCUCUCAUUUUGCUCUCAAGUCUCUGAGGAAUGACUUGAGCCCUGUGCCCACAUCCUCGCUCAUGUGCUGGAGUCACCUUUAUGCAUUUUGGUGUCAGGGCUCUUGGGGCAAAACAUGCCUGGACACUGCCACACAUAUAAUGCCUUUCUGCGCUGCACACUGGAGGAUGCAGAACUGGCUGGGUCUGUGAUGCUUUAUGAAGCUGGUCUGACCUAUUUCAGCAGCAGUGAGAACGCUUCUCACCUAGUCUAACCCUUAGAGCAGCAUGGAGUGAAGGGUGCUACCUGGGGAUAAGUCUUUUUUUCUACUUUCUAUCCCAAGUCCUUUCCUUUCUACGGAAACAGCAGAAGUGUUCCUUCAGAGCUGAUUUACCCCUGCUGUGUUUCUUUUCACUUUUUGUGGAUGAGCAAGUGCCCCUUUAGGGAUGAGCAUCUCUUUGCUCCUUCCAUUCUACAGCUCGUAGCAAGGUGCCCAGGACACCCCAUAGUUGUGGGGAGCAGCUGGUACAGGAGAAGUAAGUCCUGAGGCUGCAGCAAAGAUUUUGGGUCAUUUGCAGUGGCUCAGUGGGAGCUUGCAGAGGCAAAAAGCAGCUGGAGAUGUGCUCUGCAGUUCUGUGCUGGUUUGCAGAUUCCUCAGGAGUUGUCCUGGGUCACCUGGCUUCCACCAAGAGUGCUCCUCUUCUCUCCACAGAUCACAUCCCAGGUGCUGUCUGUUUGUCUGUGGUAGGUACCAGAGAAGGAGGCCUCUCCGUGCCAUUGUUGCAGUGAUUUCAGUCUGUGGCACCCACAUUUGGACACAUGGAUGCUCCAUCUAGAUGUUAAUUUUCAGGGGGAUUAAAGCUUGUUGGAAUAUGGGCUGUCUCUUUCCAUAGUAUAUGCAUUUUGUGCAGUUGAGUCUUGCAGUAUCUCUAUAAUUCACUCUUCUGCCAUGAAGUGGGAUGGUGUAACGUCCUGUUCUUCAGACGAACUGAGAGUGCUGCCCAGAUGGUGAAUGAGACAAGGGAUUCACUGGUCCUGACUGAUAAGAAUCCUGGGCAACAGUUAAUAGGCCAGUAUUUUCUGAGAUAGAAUUUAUUAUCAUGCAUUUGUUAAUGUUUCUGUUAACGCCAAAGCACUCUGGGGUGUAUUUUCAAACCAGGGUUUCCUGUCCUGCUAACAGACAGUGGGGUUUGUGCAUGUACCUCCAUGGGCUCACAUGGAAACAUACGUCAAGCAUCAGAAGAUUCCUGGGUGCGUGUUUAAGACUUAAUGAGUUCUCUAAAGACUGAAAUGGGAUUUUCCUGAUGUUGUAAGUUCUGAUCUUAUGGAAUGUAUGUACUGGGAGAAAUUACUCCUGGUGGCUGAAACAAAUGCUGGAGUUCUUCAGUGCAGAGUUGUCAUGGUUCUGGUCUGCCUGGUGCUACAGCGGAAGAGCCUGGGCUAUUCUGGGAGAGAGCCAUGUUCAUUGUAUUUAAGCAGGAGCAUGUCCCUGUGUUGUUAUUCAGAAGAAAAGCUGUUCUAAUCAACCUUACCUCAGGAUCUUGUUUCUCAAAUCCAAGCAAGACAGGACUGUGCAUGCGUGUGCAUUGCAUAUAAUGCUGGCGUUUGGUUUUCAUGAGAUUCAUAGAUUGGUGCCUGCUUGCUCUGAAGUUGGCUCUUGGAAUGCGAUGAUUCAGUGUCUCACUGACAGUGUGACAAGUAGGACUUGGUUCUUGCAGGUUUGUUUCCUUGCCUAGCUUUAUUUCCACUGCUGCGUAACAGUCUCUGCAAGAGCUGCUUAUAAAAGGAAUGAAGUGCACAUUUUGCUGGAAAAUUAGCACAGAGCUUUGCCCAUUUCCUUUAAAUGGAAAAGUGAACCAAACGUGCCUUGCUGUUAUCAAGGGAUUUGUUUGCUGGAGGCAAGCUGAUAAAUGGUGCCUGGGGCCUGUGGGCACAAAUAGAUCCCAGUUUCCUGUUCAUGCAGCAGCCUUUAAAUAUUGCAUUGGCAAUAUUAGUAAGGCCAGACAGAUCCAGGGAUGUCUGUGCCCAAGGCUUGAAGUAACGCUGGAGAAAAGCAAAACAGCUGACUUAAAAAAUCUGUGCUUAGAAGCUGGGAAGUAAUGAGAAGUGGAAGCCUCUGUUCUCAUGGCAGUUCUGCUGAGUAAUAAUCACCUGGCAAACUGCAGCAGCAUGGCAGGGAAGCUCAGGGCUGCAAUUUAGGGAGAGGAUAUUGAGGGAGGCUAAAGGCUUUGCUAAUGCUUGGCUGGAUGUAAGAAAUGUUCUGUGUUAAGAACGUGUUUUCUAUGUCAGUGGUCCACAGCAUUUGAGGUACUUAACUCAGUGCAAAUGAGAAAAGCUGAUGCUUUUUGUCUACUUGGUACUGGAACAAGGAAAAUUGAGGAUGGUUUUUGGAACAACUUUAUUCUUCACAUCUUUCCUGGAAAAAAAAUAAUUCAGGUGGCCUGGGCUCUCUGUCAUUUAUUAUUUCUGAGCCCUUGGAGCUGGAUUUCUGCUCUUGGCUUUUCACAGGAGAUUGGGCCAACAGAAAACAGGUGAUCCAGGAGCUCAGCUGGGUCCAGGCUGACCUGCUGUUUAGUAAGUCCCUCCAAGCUCAGUUACAAACUUCAGUUUUCUUCUCCAAGUUACAUUUGUCUGAGUUAAGCAAGCACUGAAGCAAAUCUGUUUACCUCUGUUUUUCUUUCUAUGCUGCUCUUUCAUUUCUGGACCUCCUGUAAGAAUGACCACAUGCUUUGCUUUUCACUGAUUCUGGGGUAUCACAGUGAAAUUUUUCAGUCACUUAUCUUGUUGUGAGUCAUAGUUAAGGAUGGAGGAGCUUUUCCUCCCUGCAUAUCUGCUGCUUUCCUGGCUUUCAAUAGAAACCCCCUUGUGAGCAGUGUAAUGGCUCAACCCUUCCUGCUGAGCAGCACGGUGGGUUGUGGUUGAGUGCUGACACAGUGACUGUGCAGGGUGGGCUGGUGCAGCACACAGUUGUGAUGGCUCUGUUCCUUCACUGAUCCAGGCCUUUUUCAACUUAGUUACAUUAUUUUGGUUGUCUUUUGUUUUUUAACAUGAUGUGCAAAUGUAACGACCUGAAACACGAAAGAGAAGAGCAAACCAAAACUGCUCUUGGCUGUGUCCAAUGUGUAAUUAAAUGAGUACCUAAGAGAUUUAAAGUGGUCUCUGGAUUGCUGCUCAUCUCAUUUCACACUGCCUGCAGUGUUUUCACUUUCAGUGCCCUUUGGCUCUGGUUCUUAACUCUAUUAUACAGGCUCCCACUUCAGAUCUUCUUCCAAGGCCCUGCACCUAAACUGUUGUCUGGUGCAGAAUCUCUUGAGUGCUUUUAGCACUGAGUGCACAACAUCCCCAGGUUCCUGCUCACCGCUGCAGUGCCAUCCUCAGGGAAUUCCAGAGGCUUUGCUCAGUGUGACCUCUUCUGCCUCAGUCCAGCAGCACGGCCUCAAGCAAGCAGCUUUCUGCAUUUUCAUAGCAUGCUUUCUCUCCACAGUUGAUUUUCAGCAUUCUGGCUGAUAGAGUUACCACUCUUCUCUUGACCUGAUUCAAAGCGAUAUUAAAAUGAACGCUUUUCUAACACAGUUCACCAAAGAUUAAGUCUAUAUUGUAGGAGUCUGAGCAUGGGAUCAUUUGUGUGACGUGUUGUUACUGUGAUGGACUAAGAGCUAAGAUAUUUUUAAAGACAUAGGAGCUUUUGUGUAUAAGAGUUUGGUAUGAAUAAUAAGUUUCUGGGUUUUUACUCAGGGGGGAUGCAAGUUUGUGGCACUCUUUCACUUUAUUUUGGAUGGCACUUGUCCGAAAACUGUGAUAUGCUCAUUUUUGUUUGCAGAUAAGGCAUUUUUAGAGCAAGCUGAUAAUGCACCAGAGUCUCUGAAACCCUAAAGUUGUGGUUAGCAUAAAGUUUAGGAAAUUAGGUCACCAUUACCUCACUGUUCUGUUGUGGUUUUUAGAAUUAUUUUCUAAAUUUUAAAUCCUGUCACGUCUCCUGUAGUUGCCGCUGUUGCUGUUUCACCAGUAGAACCCAAGAUGGAUGGAAUCCCAAGCUGGCAGCUUGAGGAAGCUUGAGCCUGAAGGCCUGAAGCUUCAGAGAGGUGACUUUGCUGCAUGAAGGCAGGAGAGAAACAGCUGCAUAGUAUGAUUUGGGAAGGGAAUGUAUGAGUGUAGACUCAUCUCUAACACUGCAGCAAUAGGUUAGAUUUGGGAUCAGAGUGUUUUGCAGAGCUCUUGGUAGGAGUUUCUCUCUAGAGCCACAGCUCUGCAGUUAUUUGCCUUCUGGAGAUGCAUAUUUAUUUGGAUUAACUUCACAGGGAGCCUAGACAGUGCCAGCUGAGUCUUGGCUAGCUGACUGUUAGAUGUGUAAAACUACGUGGCAUAAGUUUGCCCUCACAGCUGUAAGUAGUGAGAGGUGAGAGUUAAACUCACCAUGGGGAAAGGCAAAGAUGGGAACGCGUGCCCAAAACCAGUCUGGAAUUUGAGUUUGGUGAGCACAUCCCUCACGCUGGUAAUUCUAAACGCAGUGGUUGCUUUGAUUUACUGUUUGUUUGUCACAGUUAUGAUCCUUGUAGGAUCAGUGAUGAUCCAGGACGCUGCCUGCUCUGCACAAUAUGAGGAGUUGGACUCCAUGCACACAACCAGGUGGUUGCAUCCAAGAUGGAGUUGGGGAUUAAAAUGAUGCUGUUCUGUGUUGUCUGAGAUAGCAGAGAAAAUGCAGUAACAUCCUGCUUGCUGGAGCAAAGUGCUGCAAGGCACAGACACAUGGCUGGUGCUGGGUAUGUGUGCAAGCUUGAGAGAGAGCAGUGGUGCUGGAGUUGUGGGAGUGGGUGUCUCAUCAAACUUGCACAGCAGUUGCCUGGUAGAUGAUAUUUUUUUAUUCCUUCUUUUUAUUACUUAUUAUUUAUACUUUUUAUUACUUUUAUUACUUUGGUACACAGAACUCCCAGCGAGAAUCAGAGCUCUGAAAGUUCUUUUUUGAGCUCUGUUAAUACAAAACUCUCUCACUUCUCUGCUUUCUUAACUGGUAUGACAGACCAAACUAACCAACCCCACUGAAGCCCUAACACUCCUUUUGCAGCUACUUCAGACCUCUGCCAUCUCCCAUUGCUUAUUUCUGUUCUGCUAAUUUGGUCUGUGGACUUCAACGAGCUUUCAGUGACACUGUUGUUGCUGCUGUUGUUUUUAAAGACGGAAUGCCCAAAGGGUUCCAGUCUGAAAAGGGCUCACGCUUGCAUUGUGAUCAGGAGCAGGUCAGGGGUGUUCCUUGUUCUCACUUGGCCCCAAGUAUGAGGUGAGCUGCUUUUUGCAGGAGCUGACUGGCAUCACACCCAGGUGCCUUUGGUUCCCACUUACUUGCCUUAUUACUAAUUCAGAAAGAAAAAUUGGAGUGGUCAGGCUGGGUCAUGUAUUGGCAGUACCCCAAAUAACAGAAGAGAUAAAUGGGCAUGGCGCUGCAGGUGCAAACUUCUCUUCCUGCCAUUGCACGUUUUUGUUAUUCUGGAUAAAGCAGAGCACCCCGGCCUCAUUUGGGGUCUGCAGGCACAGCUCUGAUGGAAGAGGUAGCAGAAGGGCUGUUGGAACAGUGACUGUGGUGUUUUAAAGUAGCAGCUGAGCACAAAUGUUUGCUGUUGGGCUUCUUGGGAGAAGGGGCACAGGCUGAUACAGCUCCCACAGUGCUUCUGUUAGCUGGCGUCUGUUGUGAAUGCUGAAACCUCAGGCCUCCUGUAUUGACUGCAGAUUUUCACUUUACUGGGGUAUUUGCAAUGUAUGAUUGUCGUACUGUAAUACUUGGAUAAACCUUUUUUUUUGUCUCUGGGUGAGCGCUUCCACUUCCCCCUCCUGCUCUGUUUUAUUCUAGUCUGUCAAUUGACUUUUGACUCCAAAACUUCAGGGAGUUCACAGAAUCACAGAAUCACAGAAUCAUAGGGGUUGGAAGGGACCUCCAGAGAUCAUCGAGUCCAACCCCCUGCCAAAGCAGGUUCCCUACAGCAGGUCGCACAGGUCGGCAUCCAGGCAGGUCUUGAACAUCUCCAGAGAAGGAGACUCCACCACCUCCCUGGGCAGCCUGUUCCAGUGCUCCGUCACCUCACUGUAAAGAAGUUCUUGCGCACAUUUUGCGCACAGAACUUCCUAUGCUGCAGUUUCCAGCCGUUUCCCCUUGUCCUGUCUCCACACACUGCAGAAGAGGGUCCGGCCUCUCCACUCUGCCCCCCAACACCUUAGAUAUUUACAGACCUGGAUCAGGUCCCCUCUCAGUCUUCUUUUCUCCAGGCUGAACAGACCCAGUUCACUCAGCCUUUCCUCAUAGCAGAGAUGCUCCAGGCCCCUCACCAUCUUUGUGGCCCUCUGCUGGACUCUUUCCAAGAAGUCCCUGUCUGUUUUGUACUGGGCAGCCCAGAACUGGGCUCAGUGCUCCAGAUGAGGCCUCACCAGGGCAGAGUAGAGGGGGAGGAUCACCUCCCUCGACCUGCUGGCCACGCUCUUUUUAAUGCACCCCAGGGUGCCAUUGGCCCUCUUGGCCACAAGGGCGCACUGCUGGCUCAUGGCCGACCUGUCGUCCACCAGGACGCCCAGGUCCCUCUCUGCAGAGCUCCUCUCCAGCAGCUCAUCCCCCAACCUGUACCGGUACCUGGCACAGUAAUAGGUAGCAGCGUCUUGUGCAGUGAGUCUGCCCACUGUCAGGGUGCACUGGGAUUUGGCGAGGUCCUUCUUGAUGCUGAAUUUCCCCUCAUCGGACUCAUUCUCAAGGAGCAGCCUGGUUGCCAUGUAGGCAAUGCGCUUGGGAGCUGCCCCAGGCCUCCUGCAGUACCAGCCAAUGAACAAAACAAUAUCCAAGGGAGUCUCUAGAGCAAGGUCUAGAUCCCAGGACAACAGCUGAUCGUUUUCUGAUGAAGCGCUUGCCAUCCAUAACCUUUAGAUUUUUAUAAACCUCACUGUUGGUUUCCUGCCUUAAUGGCAAAACAGUCAGAAGUUAAAGCCUAGUUCUGUUGGAAAAAAAUGCACGUGGUUUGGUGGGGGGGGGGGGGGGGGG